UGUAAACGAACAAAAAACUGACCCUUCCAACAACAUAUUUCAUUUUCGAUGAUCUUGGUACUCAAAGAUCUAACCGGCUAGAAACAGCACUUGAAAAGUGUUGCUCUGCAAAGCUUUUAUUUGUGAGACUACUUAAAUAGGAUGUAUACAGCAUUUUCUAUACAAAUGUUAUACUAAAAAAUUAGUGAGCUCAAUUAUGUAUCUUAGACUCUUACUGCUUUAGUAGAGGACGACACAAUCGAGGGUCAUUUUUAGUCGCUUGAAAAGGCAGUAUUAGUGCUUUUUUGACAUGACAUGUUCUAAGAAUCGCUUGGCACUCUUCCCUCGAACGACGACUUGGCGAUUCCCAUAGUCCACUUGGCGCACUGCAUAACUUUCCGUUUCUACUUUCGCUGCUAUGUAAGGGUAACUUCAUUUUAAGGUGGUGUGAUAAAAAUAAGCUUUAAAUAAGUUUGUUGCUGCGAAAUAAUUUUUUCGCUUCCUUCUUCUAUCGAUGCGCAACCCAAAACCUUGCAAAGCUUGCAAACUUCAUAGGAAACGAUGUGCUUGGAGCUGCAGCAAUACCAGAACAUGCGAACGUUGCUCUUCACUCGACAUUGAAUGCAUUCAAUCGGACGAGUGCAGUGAACUACUCGAUGAAGGCAUCGACUUCAAGGCUCAAGACGGAUACGAGGAAGUACAAACCUGGUCGCACGAUGUCGAUCGAUUACACAGCGAUUUACUGGAAUUACAGUCAAAAAAAGACGAUCUGGAACGAUUUAUGUCAAUGGCUCGAAUGCAACAGCAGCAGGAGCAACGGCUACAACAGACGAAGCAACAGCAACAGCCUGAAUGGCAACUCAGCAUUGUCAACGGAUUUUUGCAGUUAGAAACACCGAUUCAAACGAUACAAGAGCUUAACCAAUUUACACAAGCGUCGAUUCAAUAUCUUUCGCCUUUUGCUGGACUGUUCAAGCAGGAACCUUUAUGUUUUGACAGCACAUCUGUCAGCACUGCGCUCGGUUUAGGAGUAUUGCUUCAACGCACUUUGAUCUCCAGGCCUCGUAAAAAACCAUUUUCCAUGAUAGACUAUAGCAACACUGAUACCAACAGCACCCACGGUUCUGCUGCUCCGCCUGCUUUUCUGGAUUAUCGCGCCAUCAUGGAGUACAUUAUUCCUCCUUAUCUGGAACAUUACAACACCGUUUUGGGACUAGUGCAUGCGCCAACGUUUCUUAAACACUACCGCAGCCUCGAUAACCCGCUAGAAAGCCUUGUGGUUCUUGCAGUAUGCAUCGAUGCUCUUAGCUCAUGUCCGCAUAUAGUCACAUACACGGCGAUGCAAAGACGGAUCAUCAUCGAAGAUCUUUACAACAAGUACAAGGAACUACUUUUUGAGCUGUAUGAAGAUCCGACGCGUAAAUUAGAAGUUAUUAUCUCAACAAGUCUAGUGGAGGGAUACCUGACAGACACGCUCCUAAGACCAUUUGAAUCCCGGCGACUCGUCUAUGUGGCCAUCCUGAUCUGUGCGGAGUUGGAAAAGGAAGAACAUGAAAUGGAUCGCGUUGAACGAGUGCUUUUUCAACGGCAUCAUGCAUACUUGGAGAUGUGUACCCGAGCAUUCGAUAUGUUUUUUGAUGACAAGGUUAAUUUUUCAGUACCUGAAAAAAUGCGUGUACUUGAAGUACUGGAUGACGAGCCCGAAAAGACAAAACAGUUCACCCGGUUAUACAAUCACAUUUUUGCGCUUAUAGGAGCUCCGUAUAUAUCGACAAUCAUGGGGAAAGUCAACACAAUAAUGUAUGGACAGCCCUGCGAAUUGUUGUUGGAGGAUGUCCUGCAAUACGAGCCUUAUGUUCUUGACUGGUGGAAGAGCCUUCCGGAUGAAAUGCGUAUUUGUGAAGAUCCGUUCGAUCCGAUGGCGUACAAACUUGUUGAGAAAAAGUUGCCACCUCUUCAGUUAUUCCCGUUUAUCGCCCUACAUCUUUUGACAGGUGUAUUAACAUCGUCGAUUUUGCAACCUCGAGUUGUCCCAUCUUCUAUUAAUGCAAUAUCGGAAAACGUCAUACAGGCAGUCAGAGAAAGGUUAAAGACGUUUGCUCUUAAUGCAAGUAAUGUCUUGAUCCAUUCUCUGAAAGCAAAUUGGGACAUAAGCUCAUGCGAUGCACCAACAUUUUCCUUCUCUAUCAUAGCGACCGCUCUUUACAGUCUUGAAAGGCUUGGUCACUGCACGGACAUCCCCUUCCCUUUGGACUUAUUACUGAUGAUGAAGGGAGAUUUCAAUAACAAACGAAUACUCCUUUUACCCGAUCAAGAAGUCCCAUCGUCGUCCUCGGUAGUCGCAUCCUUCUUACAAAAUCCGGACCCUUCUUUAGUGGACUUAUAUGAGCAGUAUCCCCUACCUGGACUUGCAAUGCUAUCUGAUAUUCUCAUGACAUCGUUUACCCAGCUGGAGCAGCAACACCUCAACGCGACAACCUAGCGAAGAGGUCACAGUUCAUCCCUAUCAACCCCUUUGCCUGUUUAUAAUCCGUUAGUUAUAAUUUUUUCUUUAUUUUUUUCAGUCUCUUGUAAUUUCCAGUUCGUUCUUCAUCCAAAAAAAACAUACAUCAUUCAUAGUUGUCAUAGUUAACAAACUCCAUAUAUGUUAGAUUAGAUGAAAAAAACCAACAAAACCCAUAAAACACUAUAAACUCGAUAUCAUCUAGCAGUGAAUAUU